AUGGAGGGUAUUCAGACCCACCCGGCUACUGCCGCCCAAGCCAAGGCUUUCACUGCCGCUGGCUCUUUGUCGUUCCCCGGGGCCGUGGGAGAGCUUACUCCUCCAUCGACUUCGGUCGACAAGAACACCACGCAAUACAACGGUCAGCAAUCGAGUACCGGUUCUGGAGUGGCUCCGGCUACUCCUGCUGCUACGCCGGCAGCAGCCACCACUGGUGGCAGUGGAUUGACUCCUACGCUGCAGAACAUCGUUGCCACGGUGAACCUGGACUGCCGUCUUGAUCUCAAGACGAUCGCGCUUCACGCCCGCAAUGCUGAAUACAACCCAAAGCGUUUCGCUGCUGUCAUUAUGCGCAUACGUGAGCCCAAGACCACAGCGCUUAUCUUCGCCUCGGGCAAGAUGGUUGUGACUGGUGCUAAGUCAGAAGAUGAUUCGAAACUUGCAUCGCGCAAGUAUGCGCGUAUCAUCCAAAAGCUGGGCUUCAACGCUAAGUUUACGGAUUUCAAGAUUCAGAACAUCGUUGGAUCUUGUGAUAUCAAGUUCCCCAUCCGCCUGGAAGGACUUGCUUCUCGCCACCACAACUUCAGCUCUUACGAGCCCGAGCUGUUCCCUGGUCUGAUCUACCGUAUGAUCAAGCCCAAGAUUGUGCUCUUAAUCUUCGUCUCCGGCAAGAUCGUCCUAACUGGUGCUCGCGUCCGAGAGGAGAUUUACCAGGCGUUCGAGAUGAUCUACCCUGUGUUGCAAGAUUUUCGCAAGAUCUAA